AUGGGCGUCAGGAACGAGACCUUUAUGAAGAUGGCUGCAGUGGGCACCUGGAUGGAUGACGAUGUGAACGCAACAUUAGUGACAGACAUGAUGCUUCAGGAUCCUAAAUAUCCAGAGUGGGGGAAAGCUGCCAGAAGGUUCUGGAAUCAAGGCAAUCAUAGGAUUGUCCUCUUUUGGACGGUGCUCUUCUCGCUGACGCCAGUGGUGAUUCUGGUCAUCCUCACAGACUGGAUCAGCCGGGACAUGUUGAACCGAGGCUUCCUGCCCAGCGAUGAGCUCUCCAGAGCCUUCCUGGCCUCCUUCAUCUUGGUCUUCGACCUCCUCAUUGUCAUGCAGGACUGAUUCCCUCACUUCAUGGAUAACAUGGAUUUGAAUCUGCCGGGAUUGUCCACUGCACACGCGCAGUUCCAGCUUCCUGUCUGCAAAAACAUAUUCAAAGAGGAGUACCACAUUCACGUCACAGGAAGACAACUUUCUGUGCCUCUCCUGCCAGGCAUCAUCUUCCCGGUUCUUAUUCUGGACCUGAAUAUGUGGAAGAACCAGAUCUUCUACUCAAUCUUCAUGUAUGGUCAGUAUGUGGCGCCCGACCAGAAGAUCCAUAUCGUGAAUGACCCUGACGCACCCAGGAAGUUGACCAGCACCACACUAACUUACGGCUGGCGCUCAAAGAGCAAGGAUCCCGCCACCACCCCCCCCCACAUCCACGGAGACAUGGUAAUGUACAGCUGCUACAUUGGUGCUGGCAUGAACACCAAAUCCAUGGCCUUCAUCCAAAGCCUCGGGGUGUUUGUCCUCUUCACGUCAUUCAUCUUGCAGUUGGGGCGCUUCCAGAAAAGUGAGAGAUUGGGAAAAAAAGCUGGACAAGAGCUGCAAAAUGAUGACGAAGUCCCAGUCGGAAUACAAGGAGAUGGACAUCACCUCUGAGGGCAAGGGUGAUGCCGUGGCCAACAGCCUCGCACCAUCGGAAUCCAAUCCUCAGCGAAGUUGGCAAUCAGAGCAGAAACCAAAGAGACUCAUCCAGAGGAUGAAGUGGACGUCAUUUUUUUCACGGAAGAACACGCUCCUGAUUUUUGACCUGAUUCUUCAAGAGAGACAUGUAGCAUUCCCAACAUUUUCCAACCAAAAGUAUUCUGAUAAUACCAAGCAAACGAUUCCGAUCACAACUCGUUUUUCGUAAUUUCACAACUACUUGGGUGCUUUUCCUCCAGACCUCCAGACAGAGUGAAUCAGAAAUGUCACAAAUGUGUACAUUUUUGCGUGGUUUGACAUAAAAGCAGACCACUUUCAUGUGGAUGCGGACCACUCUGGAAAAUGUUGAAAUUUGACCAGGAUGUCCAUAAAAUGGGGAAACAAAGUUUUGGCAGUGAUUGAAAUGUUGUGUUUCGGUAGUGUUGCUACUUCAGUGCUCAUUGAGUUGAAUACAACAACAUUGACUUGUAAAUGGAUAUGGAUUUAUAUCA